UGAGUCAGAGCAGAGGAAGAGGAGCAGAAAAGAAGCUGUUCUGAUGCUCUUCAUCUCACUCUUCUUCUCUUUUUGUGCUCCGACAUGGCUGACCCAUCGAACCGGACCUCCACACCUCCCUCUGAACCGGCUUACAGCACUCCGAUCCUCGGCUGCUCCCCUCGGCUCUCCGAGGCGAUCCUGAGCGGCAGACUCCCAUUAGGAGUGAACGGAGCGAGCGGCAGCGGCGCGGCACCGCACGCGGAAUGCCGCCUGGUGGAAGUUCACGGAGUGAAGGUGGCCUCCUUCACGGUGGACGGAGCGGAGCUGAUCUGCCUGCCGCAGGUGUUCGAGCUGUUCCUGAAGCACCUGGUGGGGGGGCUGCACACCGUCUACACCAAGCUGAAGCGCCUGCGCAUCAGCCCCGUGGUCUGCACCGUGGAGCAGGUGCGCGUCCUGCGCGGCCUCGGAGCCAUCCAGCCCGGCGUGAACCGCUGCAAGCUCAUCAGCAAGGCCGACUUCGAGACGCUGUACCGGGACUGCACCAGCGCCAGCUCUCGACCGGGUCGUCCUCCAAAGAGAAGUCUGGGUUUGGCCAACCUGAGUGAUAGAUCCAGGCUCCUCCCACACUGUCCGCUUAGCCCCGCCCUCCUGUCUCAGACAGGUCUGACAGCAGCAAUGGCUGAAGCUCUGAAGAUGCACAAGAUGAGGAUGAUGAUGAGUUUCCAUGGGAACGGUGAUCAGCAGCAACAACAAAGUGAAGUAGGGUCAGAGAAUGAGGACACAGGAGGCAGUGAAGGAUCAUGGGAGAAGAAGCAACACCUCCUCUCCCCUGCCUCCUCAAUUGUAGUGCCCCCUGCUGGUUCUAUUUGCCUCAGCAAUCUGCAGCAGCACCGCUCCCUGUUGGCUAGCCGGCUAACCGAUCUUCCUUUUAUGGUCAUACCACACCCACUGCUUCCUGUGGGCCUGCCUCCUGCUAGUGUUGCCAUGGCAAUGAACCAGAUAAGUCAGCUGAGCAGUUUAGCUAAUAUGACGGCUAUAUCGCAGACAAAAGACAACAAGGUGUCUCCUAAAGGAAGCCCCUCCCUCUGCCCCACCUCCAGUGACGAAGACCUCCUCCUUCAGGAACCAACCAGCCAAUCACCUUUCAGAGCGUCUCCAUCUUUCUCUUCAUCACCUCCUCCUCCAGCACGCACACCAGAGCUGGGCAACAACACUUUGCACCUCCCCCUUCUUAAACCAGCCAAUGACAACAUGUCUCUCACCCAGCCGCCAUCAUUCAACCACAUCAGCAACUUCUUAGCUCCGCUCCUAUCAGCUGAGGGCCUGUCCUCCAUGGAGACGCUGCUGACCAACAUACAGGGCCUCCUGAAGGUGGCGGUGGAGAGCGCUCACUCUCAGAUCACAAAGAGCCAGAUGGAGAGGAAAGAGUUAAAAUUGGAGCUGGACAAAGAACAAGACGCAAGACAGACUCUGCAGAGACAGCUGAGCUGUGAGCUGCAGACACAAGUGUCGAUGCAGAGGAGACUGAAGAAGGAGAAGAAGGCGAAGAAGAAGCUGCAGGAGGCACUGGACUUCGAGUCGAGGAGGAGAGAACAGGUGGAGAAAUCUCUGAAACACUCUGACUCUCUGACAGACCCAGCGACUCCUGAGAUCAAAGAAAACAGGCUGCAGGAAGAUUCUGCUGCUCUUGAGACGCUGGUGUUCAUCAAACCUCCCCUGCUCCUCUGAAACAUCACUCACUGCAGGAUGGAGGGAUGAACCCAUGGAGGGAUGAACCGAUGGAGGGAUGAACCCAUGGAGGGAUGAACCGAUGGAGGCACAGAAAUGUGAAACUCUUUGAAAUGUUGGAGAUGAAAGGAUCUUGGUUAAAUCUCCUGAAAAAAGAUGGACUCAAAUUCCCAUCAUUCCCCUGUCAGUCUGUUCUGAAGCUCCUUGACUGUUCCUUGCUAUCAUUCACAGAAACGAUGUCAUCAAAUACCUCAGCACGGUGUGACAUCACAGUUAGGGCGUAGAGAGAGAGAGGAAACCUAAAGGUUAAGGGGCCUGGGUUCAGCCAGAGCUAUAAUGUCACUAUAAGGGGCGGGGCCUGCUCAACCAGCUCUGAGUCUUAACGAGACAGAAGGUGAAUCCUGAUUGGCUCCUUGUUAAUUGACAGUUCCACCAGUUUCAUUAUGUUUUUAUUGGGUUUUUAUGUGUUAAUAUGAAGCAGGAAACCAGAAACAGAGCUUCAUCCUGUGAGUCUGUCUGUUCUCUAUGGGGUUUUAAGCUGAUAUUUGGUACCUCUGAAGAACCGUGUCAUGUGACAGAAACGCAGGACUCUGGUUGGGUCCAGUGGUCAAUUAUUGUAGCAAGUUAUGAAUAUGAUUCAACAUGUUGGAAACUGAAACAAUUUGUAACAUGAAACAAGAAGCUGAUCAAUAAAACAUCCAUAUUAAUUAAA